AUGGCCAACGCGGACGAGUACUGGUCCGACGACCUUGAGGGUGACGAGGGCUUCAUCACCGAUGUCAGCGAAGAUGGCUACGCUUCGAGUCGUGGCGGGCGCGCCGACGACUAUGACGACGUGGAGGCUCCGGACAAGGAAGAGAUCCGGGAUGCAGCCCGCGACCUGUGCAUGCAGAUCGGCCAGUACGAAUACGACGACAAAGUCACUAACAGCGAUCCCAACACACUCUACAACCGAUGGCUUCCGGGUCCGAGAGCCCUGGGCGCGCUGCGAUCGCUGCGCAAGCUCUGGAAGCUCGACGACGAGGACCCGACAAGAAAGGUGGCCCGCGCCUUUGCGGACAACGAGGUGCUCGAGGUGUACAUUGUGCCUGCGCUGCUCGAGAGUGCAGGCAAAGGAAAGGAGGGCGAUGCGAUUGCACUUGCAUGCACCGACCUGCUGACUGCCAUGACAUGGCCAUUCGACAGCAUCACCGAGCUCCGGGACCAGGAGAAGCAGGGCUUCGAAUCGGACGAGCUGCGCGAGAUCACCAAGCUCGACAAGAAGCUCAUCGACUACAAGUCGGUGAUUCUGCGCAGCAAGUCGCUCGACAAGGAAUUCGACGUGCUCCGAGUCGUUAUGCGGUACCUGCUACUGCCCAAUCUCGCUCACAGGCAGCAUCAACGCACCAGCCUCAUGACGGGCAUCAUCGGCAUGUGCCUCCACCUCUUUCGUAACUUGCUCGCCAUUCGCGAUCCGAUCACCACAAGUCUCAGCGGCGUAGAGCAGCUGUCGAAGGCGAAUCUUCAGAGUAGAUGCAUCAAGGCCAUGCACGACCAGCACGUUCUCGACACGCUGCUCAUGCUGGCCAGCAGCGCGGAAGACGCCGACUUCAACGCGUGGAACGCCGUGACGAGCGAGUGCAUCUUCCACAUCUUUGUCGGCACCCGUGUCAAGGAGAUCGCUGAGGCCACUUCGAACACGCGCCCACUCCCGUUCUUCGACCCCGAGGCAACAGCCAACAAUGCCAACAACGCUGGUGCCAGCACCCGAGGAUCUGCUGUCAGAGCGCCACGUUCCAGCUCCGCCUUGGCUGACAGCCUGGCAGCCGAGGCCAAGAUGAAGCAAGCAACGUCGACAGGCAAGGUGCCAACGCGCCACUCGCGCUUCGGCACGACGAUCAACUUUGUCGGUCCCGACGGAGAGCGCCGCGUCGCCCGCAACCAGGCAGCGCUGGUCAAGUCGGUCGCGCAGCUCACCGACGAGGCGAUGCAUAAAGGCAGGCGACGCGCGCAGCGCCGCAAGGACGCGCAGGAGCGCGGAGCACCCAAGCUUAAAUCCGACUGGACACCCGAAGCGGCCGUGGCGCUUCAAGAAUGGGCCGACACGUUUGUGCAGGCAGGCUUUGAGCCGCUGGCCAAGUCGAUCCUCAAGGACAUCCGCUCGGAGCGCGACAAGCUCGGAGACCUCGACGUGGCGCGCAUCCGCAUCAUGCAAAUCGGCAGCUUCUUUCUCGAGUACUUCCUCUCGCGCCGCGCUGCCGCUGCGGCCCAAGCCAAGAAGGCAGCAGAGACACAACCGCAAGAGGAGCCCCCGGCGGACGACUGGCCGUUCGAGCUGGUUGCGCAGUGGCUCGAGCCAUGGGCGUUCCGCAUGGUGCUGGUGCGCACGCUGCAAGCGCAAGAGGCGCGGUCGUGGCUCGAGUUUAACGCGGCAGUGCAGCUGUGGAUCGCGCUGCUGCGGCUGGUGGACGAACUUGCCAACAGCAAGGUCGAGCGCGAGCGCGAGGUGGCCGAAGGCCUGCAGGCCGAGUUCUACUACAUGAGCGAGACGCUCGACGCCUGCCAUGCGAUUGUGCACGCGUACAGCGCGCAGAGCUUCGCCUUCCUCGACACAGUCAUGACGUUUGCCUACGUGAUGCCCAAGAUGCUCGAACGCUACUCUUCCAACAAGGACCACAUGUACGUGCAGGCCAAGAAGCACGUGCGUCGCUCGCGCAAGGACGGCGACCUGGACGCAGCCGAGGACGAAGCGAGCCAGAUCAAGGAGCAUCUCAAAGAGACGCGCACCGAACGCGAGUUCCGCUUCGCCGACUUCCAACGCAAGCUCGCGACCAAGCAGCUGGCCAAGGCGUGCAUCGACUUCCUGGCGCGCUGGCAGGACUUCCACGAUGCCGACGAGCAGCUCAACAAGCUCGUCACGGUGAUGCACCGCAUCGCCAUCAAGGCCAACGACUAUCGCCAAUUCUUCCUGAAGAAUCAUCGCGCCGCGCUGCGCAAGGUGCUCAGCGGCGAUGGUAUCCGUGUGCUCGAGGCGCGUGCACCAAAGUCGGCGGCAGAUCUGCGCAAGCUCAUGGACUACAUUCUGCGCAAGUUCAGCAAGCUCUCACCCGAGGAGCAGGCGAUCUACGAUGAGGGCAAGCGCCCACCACGCGCGCCGAAGCCACCAAGGGUGCCCGCCGAGAUCGCAGUGCGCCCGGGCAUGUCGCCCGAGGAGCAAAUCGGUGUGGCGGUGGGGCUGCUGCUCAAAAAGGAAAAGAUGCAGGCGGUGUCGUGGGUCAAGUCGGCGCUCGAGCAGGCAAGUGCGACACGCACGGAGCUCAUGCUGCGCCACGAGGAGGACGAGGCACGACGACAGGCCAUGAGCUCGACGGACGACACGGGCUCUGGUGCGCUGCUGGGAGAGUUGGAAAAGGAGAACGAGUCGGUGGUGGACCGAUUCCAGCCGUUUGAGCUUGCGUACCAGGGCAACGACGAGCUGCGCACGGAUGCAUCGCUGAUGCCCGAGCUCAAGCUGCUGUGCCGACUCGUGGGUCUGGAGGCCAACGAAGCCGAGUUGGUGCACUGGCGCUGGUCGGUGCCCAAGGAGAUCCUGCCGGCGCACCUCGACGAGAAGAUCGAGACGAUCGAGCGCUUCAUUCGCGAGCCGCUGGACACGCACGGUCGCGAGCUGAAUGCGCUCGUGAUGCGUAUUCGUAAGACACGUGCAGGAGGAGAGCAGGACGACGUGCUCAAUCCUGCCGACCUCCCGGACGGCUGGAAUGGGAACCAUAGCGACUCGGAGGAGGACGGCGACUACUUUGACCGAGCGCGUGCGACGGGCAACUUGAUCAGCGGCGACCAUGCAGCGGCGGACGGCGGCUUGCUUCGCACCAGCGGAGGCAAGAAGCAAGGAAAAGCGUCGAAGCGCGGGGCGGGCGGCAAGCGCAAGCCGAAACGCAGGACGCAGCAGGACUUUAUCAACGACAGCGACGACGAAUUCGCGUUUGCAAUGGCCGAUCUGCAAGACGAGGCUACGCAGCGCGAGCGCGCCGCUUCGGAUUCGCAUGCAAGUGACGCCGAGAGCGACCACGCUGAUCGCGAGACGCCGCCCACGAGCUCGAUGGCGGACGAGCAGGCGGAUGAAGGCAAGCUCAGCGCGCUGCAGGCGCUGCGUGCGGCCAAGCAGCGUGUCAAGGCGACAUCCAAGCCGUCCGAGCCGCUGCAGGACGCAAGCGAAAGGACCAACCGACGCGUGGACACCAAGCGCCUCUUCCUCGCGGACAGCGACGAAGACGAGGACGACAUUCUGGCGCUUUCAUCGCAAGAGCAAGCAAGCUUUCUGCGCGGCUCUCCAAGACCGGCGGCGGACGACUCCUCGACGGGGAUCAUCAAGAAGCGCCGACUGGCCAUCGUCGACGAUGAGGAUAGCGACGAAGACUGA